CGCUGAGCUCCCCUGAGCUUCCCCUGGACGUCACCAAGUCCUCGGGUAUGUGCACGGUGCAUGUUCCGAUCUGUGCUUUCUUUGUUGAGUUUAUCAUGGCCGACGCGCUAGCCCCUGACGCUGGAAAAGGUGAUGGCAAUUGCGGCCUUGCAGCAUCCGAAUUUUGUGAUUUAGUGAUGUUGAAAUACCUAUGUAGGAGCCAGCGACACCGGCAAGUCGAGACGGUAGAUGGCUGUGCAACAGAACUACUUAAGGGGCAAACUUCAGGACUCGGCUUUGAUAACGAAUCUUCAACAGGAGCGCCUUAUUGAUAUCCAAGCAGAUUUUGAGGUUGAAAUCUCAUGGCGCUUUCGUUGAAG